AUGCUAUUUUGGCACAACCAGCUGGAGCACCUGUGGCCGAGCCCUGGGGAGCUGUACCCUGGGCCUCCAAGCAGCUUGCUCAGGGAGGCCUUGCCCUUACCCUACCUGAAGCAGGAAGAGCUGGCCAACAUCCCCCGAGCGGAGCAGCCCUGCCCUGCGUUCCAGUACGUGCUCUGCGCAGCCACCUCGCCGGCUGUGAAGCAGCAGGAGGAGACCCUCACCUACCUGAACCAGGGCCAGUCAUAUGAGGUACGGAUGCUCUGCAACCCCGAACUGGUCGAUGCCACCCAGGAGCCCCAGCUGCUGAAGAGUGUGGUGCGUGUGGUUUUCCACGACCGGCGCCUGCAGUACAGCGAGCAGCAGCAGCUGGACGGAUGGAGGUGGAGCCGGCCUGGGGACCGCAUCCUGGACAUAGAUGUCCCACUGUCCGUGGGGGUGCUGGAAACCCAAGUGCUGCCCUCACAACUGAACACCGUGGAGUUUUAUUGGGACCCGACCAAGAGGACCUCUCUCUUCCUGCAGGUUCACUGCAUCAGCACUGAGUUCACUCCUUGGAAAAAAGGUGGGGAGAAAGGCGUCCCCUUCCGCCUCCAGAUCGACACUUUCAAGCCCAGUGACAAGGAGCUUCCGUUGGAGCACCUGCAUUCAGCUGGCUGCCUCGUCAAGGUGUUUAAGCCCAAAGGAGCUGACCGGAAACUGAAAACUGACCGGGAGAAGAUUGAGAAACAGCCCGUGCAUGAGAGAAACAAGUAUCAGACAGCCUGUGAGAGCACCGUCUUCAUGGAGUGUUCUCCGUGGCCAGAGCCCAUUUCAGGGGCCCACCCGCCUCCGAGCCCUUUUGCUCUGACCUCUCCCCACUCCUGCAAGCUCCUGUCCCCGGAGAGGCUCUGCUCCUCACCAUCAUUCGCCUUGGACACCUUGGGGGGCAGCCUAGCUCCCGGUCUGAAUCCCGGAGCCUCCAUCCUAGAGACACAGCAGUGGUUGCAUCGGCACCGGUUCUCCAGCUACUGCCGGUUGCUGGCCAGUUUCACUGGGGAGGCUGGGAUCUGGUCCACAGGCACUGAUCUGCUGAAGCUUACUCGCCAGGACCUUAUUCAGAUCUGUGGAGCUGCUGACGGGAUCCGCCUUUUCAAUACUCUCAAAGCCAGGCCGAUCCGACACCGGCUGACCUUGUAUGUUGCUCAGGAGACCUCUAGGCAAGACGAGGCGGCUCCUAAGAACCCUGACUCAGGCUUUUAUCAGGAGAUCUCUCUGGAUGAACUCAGUGCUGUAGAGCUCCUGGGGAAACUGGCUGAACUCCUGGCCCUCCCAGCCAAUCAGAUCCAUCGUCUUUUCCAUCAGGGGCCCGGGAGCAUCCUCAUUCUCCUCAGGGACCAGGUGGUUCAGAAUCUUAAGGAUGAAUCACACUUUGUGGCUGUGGUGAAGAAAGUGCAGAAUCCAAAUGGCUACUACCUGGUUCUGACCUAG